AUGUCAGAAAGUCUCAAAUCCUGGCUGUUUUCGCACUGUUCCACUUCAGCCUGCACCGCGCUUUCCGGUAACUUUGAUGUUUGCGAUCUCCCUUUCCUCCCCGGUAAUCGAAUCCAGCUUCUACGCUUCCUAACCUUUCUUCCCUCUCGCUCUCGCUCUCUCUCUUCAUCUUACUCUUCCUCAUCCUCCACCCUCUCUGACAUAUGGGCAUUGGUCGGAGACAGAACACACUGUAUCGCAGCACGAUUUGACUCGAACCGAAUCUCACGCUUCCACGCCGAUUAUCCACUCUCCUUCACCUCUCUCAAAGGAGCGCUGGUCAGUUUGACACAUGUUCGAAUCACUGUAGCGCGGGUAAUGAUCGAUCCACGCUUGGCCGGAGGUGUAGUGGGCGGCUAUAGAAAUGGACAGUGGGCUUUAGUGUUAGAUGUGAAGGGAUGGAAGGUGGUGAGUAGUGUAUCUGAACCUGUUUGGUUCGGGAGGGUCAAGUUGGUUACUAGUCCUAAUGCUGUUCCGGUGGGGGAGGAGGAGAGGGGGAAGAGGAUGAUGCUUUUUUUGACCAAGUGGGUGAGGUUUGAGAAUAUGCAGAUAAGGGCGGAGAGGGAGAGAGACAGGAUGCAGCGCUUAGAACGCCAGAGCGAGCGCGAGGGCGAGGGCGAGGGCGAGGGCGAGGGCGAGGGCGAGGGCGAGGGCGAGGGCGAGGGCGAGGGCGAGGGCGAGGGCGAGGGCGAGGGCGAGGGCGAGGGCGAGGGCGAGGGCGAGGGAGCGGGGGAUGGCGGGAGUGGCAGAGCAGGCUUUCCCACUCCAGCGCAAAGAAGGAGCAAACAAGUGUUGGUUACGAGUUCUAGACAGCUACCGAACUCGCAACCGCCCUGCAAGAGUCAGGUCGGAGCAGGCAAGGGCAAGGAAAGGCAGGUGUUUCAGUCGAGUCAGGCUCACUUACAAGAGGGUGCGAUGUUUAUCACUCCAACCGCAACGACACAGGAGACCGAAGCACUUUGGAACGAUUUUGAUCUAGACGCUGCAGUAGACGUCGAUAUGGAUGAUAUGGAUGUACCGCAAUUCUGGAAUGCCGCUAAUGCCAUCACUACAAUCGAAUCUACCACAAAGAUACAAGCAUCAAAAUCCACACCAGCAGCAACGCAAACUAUCAUAGCAGUGCAAUCUCCAACUCAACCCUCAGCUCAGUCUGAAAUGCAGAGGCAAGCGUCAUCACAAGAUCUAGACCCAGAGGAAUCCGGCCUCUCGGACUACGAACGCAAGACACGUCUUGGUCGUCGAGCUUGCAAACCUACGCAUCACCUGCCACGCUCUGACACUCUUUCCACCACCUCCUCCUGCGUAGACGACACUGGUCUCGAGCCUAAGGGUCUCGAGCUCAAGUAUCUCUCGCCCUCCUUCCCAAUGCUGUCAGGUCUACGGGAAGCGGAAAUGCAAAAGUGGACCAUCGAAAUUGCUUGCAACAAAGGCACUCCAAAACUCACCAAGAUAAGCGACGAUGCUAUCGAAGUGGACAAGAGAAAACUGUGGCAAGAAUAUCGACCAAGUACGCCGAGAAUCCAACCCAACAUUGCUUCUAUCUUAGCAGACGAUCAACAUACAUCCAAAACUGUUCAAUCCAAGACUGUCCAAACCAAGACAGUUCAAGCAAACUCUGUACUCGACACAGCGAGAUCACGAGGUGUAUCUAGCAGUACAGCAAGCAACAAGAUCAAGAACAAGAAACGUCAAGAAGCUAUUGCUGCACUGUAUGUCCAAGUCUUGCUACCUCGAGAAUGCGAAUACGGAAUCUAA